GAACUUGUAUGAGUAUAUACGUUCCUAAAUCCUAAUCCUCCCACCAUUUAGAAGCCGGAAGACAAAAUAUAUACUGCCCUGGAAUUCUUGACCCAAAACAAGGAAAAAAUAAGCCCAUCUCAUGGAUCUGCAUUCGUCUCCGUCUUCUUCCCCACUACAUGUUCUCAGCUUCACUCUUGCUCUGCUCAUACUUGCAACUGGCGCGUCAGGGGCUACAUUUACAUUUGUGAACAAAUGUGAAAGAACAGUAUGGCCUGGGAUUUUAUCAAAUGCCGGAAGCCCCAGCCUAGAAAGCACCGGAUUUGAGCUACCAAAGGGCUCUUCCCGCACAUUAACGGCGCCUACGGGGUGGUCCGGCAGGUUCUGGGGCCGGACUGGGUGCAAAUUUGACAGAUCCGGGUCCGGGUCUUGCGCGACAGGGGACUGCGGGUCGGGCCAGGUGGGAUGCAAUGGCGCCGGAGCAGAACCGCCGGCUACCCUUGCAGAGGUCACCCUCGGCUCCGGCGGGCUGGACUUCUAUGACGUCAGCCUGGUAGAUGGCUACAACCUGCCUUUAGUGAUGGAGGCUACCGGCGGGUCAGGCAUGUGCGCCACCACGGGGUGCGUCACAGAUCUGAACCGAAUCUGCCCGUCGGAGCUUCGAACGGUCGGCCGCACCGCCUGCCGGAGCGCGUGUGAGGCGUUCUCGAAACCGGAGUACUGCUGCAGCGGCGCGUACAGCACACCGUCCUCGUGCAAACCCUCGGUGUAUUCGGAGAUGUUCAAGACCGCGUGCCCCAGGUCCUACAGCUACGCCUACGACGAUCCCACCAGUACAUUCACGUGCAGCGGCGCGGACUAUACGGUGACGUUUUGCCCAUCUAUUCCCAGUCAAAAAUCUUCAAAGAACGCGACAACAGCUACGACGACCACACCCGUGACGAGGAACACAGAGAGUGGGGGGCCCACACCCGGUUCGGGAAUUACUGGCCCGGAAACAGAGCCAGCGGGCCCGAGUUUGGGUAUGGGGAUGGAAUUUGACGGGUCAGGACAAACCGGUAGCGGUUCAACUAUGGCUGGAACCGGGUCAGAAUCCGAGGCAUUUCUCACGGACGGGUCAUAUUUGGCCGGGUUAGCCAUGGGCAAAUCAAGCCCGGUUUUGGCUACGAAGGAGACUCUAAAUUACUUUGCCUUUGCCUCGUUCAUCUUCUCUUUCGUUUUCUUAAUUUAGACCCCCAUUGUUGUAGAAGAAGUAUCUCAUGAAGAAGAAGAUCUGGUUUA